AGCAACUGCACCAGGAGACGCCUGCAAGAGAAAGGACCGUGCCGCUGGAGAGGAGCUGCAGAAACCUUCAAGCAGAAGAGUCAAUCUGUUUUUCUAAGAAAAAGGCUGGGACAAGUCCUUUUGGGUCAUGCAGAUGAAACCUUGGUGGCCUUCCUUCUCAGCCUUUGUGCAUAGACCCCAAUGGACACGGUGAAGACUUCUGUUAAGGAAGAAAGCUGGCAAGUCUCCUGCUCUUGAGAUGACUGUCUGUCCUCCUCCUAUUCCAGGGAUCCCGAGAAGACCAGAAGUGGGAGAAGCCAGGCAGCCGGGGCUGGCUCUGCCCAGCCGCCGUCCGUCCUCCCUCCCUCUCCCCCAUCCCUCCCUUUUCGUUAAAAACGUGGGCUCCGGGGUGCAGCACCCUGCGCUGGCAGCAUCCCUGCCUGCGAGGAGAAGCCCCUUCCCUCCCCCUCCACCGACUGCCUCUGAAGCGGAGCCUCCGGCCGUGCCCGCAGCCCGGCUUUGUUCCCCCCUCAGCCCGGGGUGCCUGGAUGCGGCCGCGGGGAGCGCAGCCUCGCCCGGAGCCGCGGGGCAGGGAGCCGCGCUAGAGGGGAAACCCGCACGCAGGUCCUUGGCACAGACUGGUGUUUCAGGAUGGACCCGCUCUUCCCUGCCCAUAUUUUGGAAGACCCUGACCUGAGAAAGCUGCUGAACGACUCCUCCAUGCUGAACCUGAGCUUUCUCCCCAGUAACUGGUUCAACAACGGCACGGGGGACAGCUUCCUACCGCUGAGCAUCAAGAUCACCAUUGUGGUUGUCUACUCCAUUGUGUGCAUUGUGGGGCUGGUGGGCAACUGCUCUGUCAUGUAUGUGAUCGUCAGAUUCACCAAGAUGAAGACAGCAACCAACAUUUACAUCUUUAACCUUGCUCUGGCUGAUACCUUGUGUCUGAUGACCUUACCCUUCCAGGGUACAGACACCUUCCUGGGCUUCUGGCCCUUUGGCAAUGUCCUCUGCAAGAUUGCCAUCUCUAUAGACUACUACAACAUGUUCACAAGCACCUUCACCCUGACGAUGAUGAGUGUGGACCGCUACAUUGCUAUCUGCCACCCUAUCAAAGCACUAGACAUCCGCACUCCCCACAAGGCCAAAGUGGUGAACGUCUGCAUCUGGGCACUGGCUUCUGUCUUUGGCAUCCCAGCAAUGGUGAUGGGAUCUGCGGAGAAUGAAAACAACGAAAUUGAUUGUCUAAUUAAACUCCCUUCACCCGUGGAUUACUGGGAUCCAGUGUUUGGCAUCUGUGUCUUUCUCUUCUCCUUUAUGAUCCCUGUGUUGAUCAUCACCAUUUGCUACAGUCUCAUGAUCAGACGACUCAAGAAUGUCCGUGUCCUCUCAGGCUCCAAGGAGAAGGAUCGAAACCUGAGGCGCAUCACCCGAAUGGUCCUGGUGGUGGUGGCCGUCUUCAUCAUUUGCUGGACACCCAUCCAGAUUUUCGUGCUGGUCCAGUGCUUGGGUGCCAAGGCAGAAAGCGAGCUCGAGCUGGCCAUCUCCUGCUUCUGCACUGCGCUGGGGUACGCCAACAGCAGCCUGAACCCCGUGCUCUACGCCUUCUUAGAUGAGAACUUCAAGGCAUGCUUCAAGAAGUUCUGCUUCCCCACUGCCUUCAGGACCGAGCUCCAGAUGUCCAACAGGAUGUGCAGCAUUGCCAAGGAUGUGGCCUAUGCCUGCAAGAACUCGGAGGGGACUAACAAUCCGGCCUGACUAGGCAUGGAAAUUCCCAUGGUGGCUGUCGCCCAGCAGAGUCCAACCACCCCCACGUCAGAGCUAACUCAGAUAACGGCUCUUUAGCAGGACCUCAAAACUGGGAGGCGAGAAACCAAGGAAACAAUUUUGGGGGUUGGGAAAACCGGAUACUGCAAGAGCAUGCAGAAAGUGAGCCCAUUUGCAUUUUUAAUUCCAGUGCACGCUGCACUAAGGGACGUGUUUGAAAUCAGCCCUUUGAUUCCUGCAAAACCCCGGUGGUUAUUGACAAUUCAGGAAUUAAGGCUUUAAAGCAGGCAUUGCUCCUGGGACUUAAACUUACUGCUGGGAGACAGACAAAAUGCAAGCUAUUCCAUUUCUUUUCUCCUCCCUGAGUUAAGACACUAGCAGCUCAUAUGGCUCACCAGGCGCUCGUGUGCAGGUUUUAUUCCUGCAGCAUUGCUCUGAAAUUAGACUUUGCUCAAGCCAAAGUGGGCAGCAGCCGUCAGACAAAAACCCAAGAUCAUUUCCAGGAUGAGUCAUCACGAAGGGAAGGAUGCGGGGAGGGAGAGGAGGGAGCUGGUGGAAAGGGAAAUUCAAGCUGCCCCGCGGCUGGCAGCCCGGGGAGGACAACGUGAGCUCCUGCAGAUGGGGUCUGCAGUAAAAACCCUUGAGAGGGGAGCAGGGUGGUGAGAAGGGAUUGUCAAAACUGAUGAAGGUAGCUCGGAAGAGGAGGAAGAAAAGACAGAUGAAACGAACACAAAUCCUUGUUUACAUGCUGCUAUUGUUGGUUUUUUAAAACCCUGUAUUUCCAUUGUAAUAAUGGACAGAAUGUGUCUGUAUAUACACCUCUCUAUAGUGCUAUAGGUACAGCUAUAUUGUAGGAUUUCAUCUUGCCAAGCAUGCCUUGGGGAUCUUUCUCAGUCAGAGGAGGAAGGAAUGAAGUGGCCUAUAUAGACUUGUAUUUAUGUAUAGGGGAAAGCCAUUUCGGAGAAGUCAGAAAUGCAGCUCUUCCAGAAGACGUGGACAUUUCUGGUAGGAGGGGCAGCCUAAAGCAGUCUCACCUGCUUCACACGAGAUAAGCCGUGUGCAAACCGUACAAAAGGUAGUUGUUUGGGCGUUUUUUUAAUGAAAUGAGAUCCGCGAUACUGACAGAGCUUGGGAAGUGCUGCCGAGGUGCUGCCCCUCCUGCCAACCGUAGAUUGAUUUUCCUUUCCCAUUAGGUCAGAACUUUGUGUAAAAUGAAAUGCCCUGUCAUUUCAUUUGAUAAUGAAAGCAUUCCCGAAGAGUUUAACCACUCAGUGCCCUCCGUGCUGGCAGGGCAGCAGACUUGUAUUCUCCCUGUAGCACAACAUCCCGGUGAAAUCUGGGCAGUGAUGGCCAGCGGUGCUUGAUGGGGAGGCAAAGCAACGACCUCCAUUCGGAGAUGGGAGGUCAACUCCAACGCGAGAACCGGCAGCGUCGUCCGGACUGUACAGAUUUCAUGUCAAUAUAUUUCUUGUGCUCUGGUCUAUGAGAUUCUGUAUUUUUAAUGUAUUGAUUUGCCAAUAUUUUAAUGCUGUCAUGUUCUUUAUAUAUGCUGUAUAAAAGAAUCCAAUGUUCUAUUUCUAUGUAGAGUGUUUCCCUUAUGGUUGGUCUUAAAAAUAUAGAUGCAAUUCCAAUGUUCCACAUAUAGGACCCAGAUCCCUUGUCAACUGCUCAAGCUGGGAGGAUUUUUAUGCUGAUUAGCAUUUGAUUGGGAAUCUGGAGGGAAACCAGAGCAAACUUUGCAAUUAGCGCUUCCCCUGAAUAAAGUAGGGGGAGGAGAAAAUCUGGGCACUUUAAGCACUUUGCAAUGGAUGUUUAUCCCCAAGCGCUCACCAGGAAAUCUCAUACAACCCCCAAGCAUGCUAAGAAGAACUCCCUGAGAACCACGCUGCUGGCAAGCUGCAUCCAUGACCUUGAAAAAAAAAAAAAAAAAAAAAGAGUUUGGUGGGCUGUCGCAUUUGUGGAUGCAAUAACAGUGUUGGUCAGGGAGCAACUGUGAGUCUUCUCAGCCCGUCAGCUGUCGUAGGGUCUGACGGGGUGCUGGGUGCGGUUGUGCACGAAGCUGGGAACCGACUGCCAGGCUUUUCUUGCCGUGCCGUUAGGGAGCAGGAGAGCGUUCGUUAGUGGCUGGCUAAGGAACAGCCACCUUCCCCUUGUAGUUCUUGGUUGGGUUUUUAGGUAGAUUUAUGUCCUCUGGAAAAAAUAUACCAGUGUUUGGCAUUUUUUUAAUGAGGAUUUUGUUAUAAUGACUAUGCUGCAACGAUCUUACGUAAUCAAAUACUCAAUAAAUGUACGUUUACUAAGCUUUUGGGUGAUUCUGUGGCCCCUGCAGUGAAUGUGUUUAGGCAUUCUGUUCAAUGCUCAGUGGAGUUUGUUAUAAGAAGAGAAACAAAAACCUGAAAGCAAAAGCUUUAUUGUACUGUGCCUAUGGAGUUAAAGGCUUGCGAUCGGCUGGCCGGCUGAAGCGCAGGCUCUUUAAUUCUCUCCUGAAACGGUUGUGUUGGUAUGAUUUUACAAUUACCGCAGUGUAAAUGACAAUUUCCUAGGUGGCUACUUGUGUGCUUUAAUAAAGGAAAAUAAA